CACUCGCCAGGGACGCGCGCCGCGCCUCCUCGCCGUUUCCGCGUUUCCUUCCUCAACGGCGACCCCGAUGCCACGGCCGGAUGCCAAAAUCGGCAACCCGGAGCGCGCGCCGUCGUAUAUAAGGAUGCCUCGUCUCCCUAGCCCUAGCCCGCGCCUCCUCCGACCCUCACCCGCCGCCGGCCCCCGAAACCCUAACCCACUCCGGCGAGUAGAUCCGGCACGUCCUGCUCUCUCCGCCACGAGCCGUCAGAGAUGGCCGCCCGCAAUUCAUCUGCGUCCGCCGCACACCCGCUCCACCAGGAUUCCGUCGCCGCCCCCAACUCGCCCCUGCUCGCCGCCGACCCGGUCCACCAGGCUGCCGUGGCCAACCCCUCUCCGGUGUUCGCCACCAACCCGGUCCACCAGGCUGCCGUGGCCAACCCCAACUCUCCGGUGUUCGCCACCAACCCGGUCCACCAGGCCAGCGCGGCGGCGUCGGCGGGGAUGUAUGGCGCUCCUGGGGCCCUCCCAACCGAGCAAGGGUCUUUGACGGUGCUGCCGCCCCCGCCGCCGCCACAAGGCGCGCCUGUGAUGAAGAUGGUCCAGGGCGUGAACAUGAUGGCUCCGACGCUCCUGCAAGGACCCCCGGUGAUGCAAGGGGCAAACACGGUGAUGCCGAUGCCCCUGCGGGAGCUGGUCAUGACCGUGCCCCUACAAGGCAGACCUGUGAUGGCACCUCGGCCUUUCCCCGCGGGCCCUCCAUCCAUGAUGGCACCUCCGUCCUUCUAUGAUGUCGCUUCACCAAUGACGGUGCAGCAGCCUCCACAUGCCGGAUACAUGAUGGCGGCGCUACAUCUCCCACAGGCCGUACACAUGGUGGCACAGCCGCCUUUGCCAGCUGGCCCCCCUCCUCUCAAGCGUCACCCUCCUGACUACUUUGACAUGCCUUUUGGACCGCGGAUGACUGGUUUUGAGCUGGAAAUGGCUGGAUUUGAUGAAUCAAUGGGACUGCCUUAUGGGCCUUACAUAAACAAUGAGAUGCCUUCUGUUUGUUCUUAUGAGCCACAUCUUCCUUCAGACGCAUCAAACACCCUACAUAUUGAAGGUUUCCCACCAAACUGUACUAGGCGGGAACUUGCACAUAUAUUUCGCCCUUUUACUGGGUUCUGUGCAGUAAGGCUGGUCAACACAGGAUAUAAUAAUCGACAUGUAAUAGCUUAUGCUGACUUUGAAACUCCUGCCCAAGCCUUCUCUGCCAUGAAGUCUCUGCAAGGUUAUUUGUUUGACAUGCAUGACCGAUACUCAGUCAAAUUGGACCUCCAGUUCCUUCCUGGUCCGUCCAAGGCAUCAAGGUCAAGAUUACAUUUCUGUGAAAUGCGUUGAAAGGAUUCUGACGAUAUUGUCGUUGGUGAUGUUAAGAGUCGCUGAAGAACUCAUUGCGUUAGACACUGCUAUUCAUCCAAGACAUGAAAAGCAGCAAAUGAGACCACAUCAGUUGGCAGGUUUCCACUUUCUGGUUGUUUCAUGAGUAUUGUUCUUUCCUAUGCUGGAUACGGUCAUGGGUGUUAUUGUGGUGAUCUGUUUCCUGCUAGUACAUUGUUGUUUGCAAGCUUGUAUAUUUGUAGGUAUUGAAGCAACUUUGCUCUUUGAAAUGCUAGUGUGAAUAUAGUUUGCCCAGUUGAAGUAUUUCCACUGCCCUUUACACUCACAUCACCUUUGUGUUUUUCUUUUCUUUAGAGACUCCUUUUCUGGGUAUUCUGUGCAUGAUUAGAAGCAAAGAACAGUAUUUGAAUUUGGACUGAAUUUACUAUAGGUGAUAUUUCUAGUGUAUCUCAAGUAGCUACUAGCUACUAGCUUUACGCAAAAAGUUUCAUUACUACCUGAAUUGGAUUGUACCAGGUGAAAUACAGAGCUCGAUGCCAAAAAUAAGGAUACCUAGUAAACCUAGGAGAAAGAAUUGAUGAAUAAGGUGCCUAUUUGUUCAUCAAUUACUAUGCUUGUGUUAAACAAUUAGUGGGUUGACUACUACAUAAUGGCUGCUGCAUUUUAUGAUCAUUAUAGUUCUCCACAUGUAACUGUCUGUGCUUCUACUUAUGAUUGCCUUGUACGCAGCCCACAUUUUUCUUGUCUACCUUGCAUGGGGCUUAUAUGCAACAUCAGCAGAAGUGCUACUUCCAUUGCUGGUGCAAAUUUAUUUCUUCUCUCUUAUAUGAUAAUAACUAAUGAGUCAUCUUUCACUUACUGCAAAUACGAUUCACAGUUGGGGAUGUGGCAGUGUUACCGAGGAGUGGGACAGCUUGUAUGCUCAGAAGGUCCAAUUGUUAACUUUCCUUUCUACUCUGCCCGAGCCCUCUCUGAGUUAUGGGCCGAGUGUUGAAACUAAUAUGGCCAAUUCUAUCGAGCAAAGAGAACAGAAAAAGAGUGACAUAAUAGUUCUUGAUUCGGAUGAUGACGAUGAAAGCACAGGAGCACACAAACAACUGACGCCUGAGAAAAAUAAACAGCUGAUACCAUCAGAACAGGCUGGUGCUCUCAUGAGAGUGGUAGUCGAAGGAAUUGAUGAAGUAAAUGAGACAAUGCAUGAUAGAGACCAAAACAGUCAAAUUGUUCCAUAUAGUCCAAGUGCAACUUUAAUGAAUCAGUAUCCUUCGCCCAGCUAUCAACCAUGGCAGUUAUGUUUGAGAGAGCUAUAUUGUAGAAAAGACCCGAGGAACGUAUCCAUGAUCUGGCUGUUGCAACCCAUAAUGAGAAAAUAGCAGAAACACAAGUUUCCCCUCCACUUCCGAAGGAGAGAAAAAAACGAAAAGUUGAUCCAAGCUCCCAAGUAGAUGGGGAUGUUGAAAUUGUGCCAAGAAAAAAAAAAAAAGAGAAGCAAAUCCAGCAGUAUUUGAUUUGCCCUCAGAACCUUACAAUCCUCUGGGGUAAGACGAGCCUAUGGAGGAAGAUGAGCCUAUGGGGGAAGAUGAGCCUAUGGAGGAAGAACAUAUAAAAGAAAAGGAAAGUGACGGUCUUGAAGAUUUUUGGAAUAAGUACUCAGUGCCACUUGAAAGCUCUAAGCUCGACACACUUGAAGAGGCAGCCAAUGAGAAAGAGGUGAACAACGUCUGUAAUCAUGAAAUACAGAUUCAUGAAGAUCUGGGCCAUGUAUGCCGUGUCUGCGGUAUGAUUGUGAGAGAAGGGCUGACACAAUCAUUGAUUAUCAGUGGAGAAAGGCAUCAAGGUCAAGAUCAUAUUUCUCUGAAAAGCGUUCAAAGGAUUCUGACGAGAUUGUCACUGUAUGAUUUGUGCUCUGUCAAGGGUGACAGAGAGAUCAGUUGGAAAUCCUUAACGCUUGGCAAGCCAAUAGGAGUAUCCUCUUUGGUUGGAUACACCCAGUUCUCUUGGAUCAUUAACAGUGAUGGGGUUGUCACCGUCGCAGCUGUAUGCUGGGACAUGUUGCUUAUGGUCUCUAACCUACUUAUAAUGGAUGAAGGCCAUAGACCUAGGAAUGAGUCGACUAUGUGCUAGAAUCACUGUGCAGAGUACAUACUCCACGUAAUGUGGUCCUUACACUUUCCCAGAAUCACGUCGCAGAAGUGUUCAACAUCUUGAACCUUGUACGCCCAAAGUUUCUCAAGAUAGUAGCAUCUCAUCCUAUACUUUCCUAGAAUCACGUCGCAGAAGUGUUCAACACCUUGAAUCUUGUACGCCCAAAGUUUCUCAAGAUAGUAGCAUCUCAUCCUAUCGUUGAUAAGUAUCAAUAUCAGGUCGCGGGAUUUCAAAACGGGUCUCUGAUAAAUUCACCGAGUCAGUAGAAGAGACCCUACUGCAUGAUGAUAACUUCACGAGAAAAGCACAUAUCAUUAGAAGUCUCAGAGAACUAACAAAAGAUUUGCUUCACUACUACAAGGGUGAUAUCUUGGAUGAACUACCUGGCCUAGUAGACUUCAGUGUCUUCUUGAAACUCAGUCCCAAGCAGAAAGAAAUCGUUCAUAAGUUGGAAGCCUAUGAGAAUUGAGAAGUAAAAAACACGCAAUAGGAACUGCCCUGUACAUGCAUCCAUGCCUGUAAGAAAUAUUAGAAGUUGAUGCUGCAGAUAGAGCUUCCAGCUUUACAGAUGUAACUGUUGAUAAUCUGGUCCGGUCUAUCAACGUGGCCGACGGUGCGAAGGCCAGAUUUUUCACCAAUAUCCUGGCACUUGCGGAAUCUGUGGGAGAGGUCAUUGCAUUUAGUCAGUACAUUACUUCCCAUGAUUUUUUUUGGAAAGGCUAUUGGCUAAGACAAGGUGCUGGCAAGUAGGAAAGGAGUUCUUUGUGAUCCGUGGUGAUAAUAAAUCUACUUCAGAAGAUAGAAGUCUGACAAUGGAUCAGUUUAACAACUCUAUUGAUGCAAAAGUCCUCUUUGGCUCUACCAAGGCAUGUGGGGAGGGCAUCUCCCUGGUGGGCGCAUCAAGAGUCAUCAUUCUAGAUGUUUUGAACCCCUCUGCUACCUGUCAGGCAGCAGAAGAAAGUGUUGGCUCGUAGCAGCUGAUUCUCUGGAGGAGAACACCUAUGAAACUGCAUUCAAGGAGGUGAUACCAAAGCUGUGGUUUGAAUGGAGCGAGCAGCGCUGCAAGUCGGAGGACUUCCAGUUGAAUGAAGUCGAUAUCGACGACUAUGGGGAUGAGCUGCUGGACAACAGGACAAUGUGCCCAGACAUCAAGGCUUUGUAUGCAAGGUGAAGGCAGGCUGGCUGUUGUACAUACACCAUGUAUAUAUGGCUUUCCGAUCGUUUGAGAUUGUCAUUGUUGUCAAGUAAGGCUCCUCUAGAACCGAAAGAAAGACUUGGCUUGGUACAUCUUUGCAGAUACCUUUUAUUGGUUAUUAUGGGCCUUCUCUUCCUUCAGAUGCAUCAAACACUUUACAUGUUGAAAGUCUACCAUCCAACUGUACUAGACAGGAGCUUGCACGUAUCCUUUUAUGCAUAUGAUUCUCUUGCUAUUA